AUGAAAAUAAAGAAAGGAAGACCUAAAGUCUAAUAAGUCUAAAGAGAGAUAUUUAUAUAAAGAGCCCCAGAUGAAUAAAUUAAUUACAUUUAAUAAGAUUCUGAUUGUGUUAAACUCUUUAAAUUAUUUGCUACCCAAGGAUGUAAUAAGAUUAAAAUUUUAACUAACAAUAAAGAAAGAAAGUCAUAGGAUAAAUAAUAAGUUAAAGAAAUCUAACAAGCCUAUUUUUAAUAAAAUAAUAAUUGCCCCAGUUUUUUCUUUUUAUCAUAGAGAAAGAAGAAUUAUUCAUUUGAAAAUUCAAUUCCAGUUGAUAAAACUCAAUAUUUAAGCAUAAAUUCAAGUGAAUUUGAUCCUAAAUUUGAAAUCUUAAUAACUAAAUUGAAUAUAGUUCUGAAAGAAUUAGACUAAUAGUUUAUUUCUAUAAUACUAGAUAUAUUAUUACAAUAUAUAUAUUUUUAUGAUUGGUUGUUAGAUAAAGAUUCAUUAGCAUAAUAUAUAGCUGAAGAUAUAUAAGACCCAUAAAAUCAUAUAAAAUAUCAAUAUUUAAUAACAUGGUAAAACUAAAAAAAAAUAAUUAAAGAAGUUCGAAUGAAGAUGGCUUUUGAUAAUCUUUAAAAUACUAAAACAUAAAUAAAUAAAAGAACUUCUAAAAAAGUUUAAAAAAAGUAUUAAGAAUUUCUAGAAAAACAAGAAAGACAUUUAAAUAAAGAAUAUAAUAUGGAACCUAUUGAAUAUUUGAUUUCUAAAUUAAUAAGGAUAUUUAAUAAAAUCAUGGCGAAAAAUUGA